AUGUCGACAGUGGAACUACCAAAGUUUGCCACGCCACAGGAGGAGAUAGCAUAUUGGCGAAAGGCUAUAGAGGAUAAACAACAAGAGUUGGAUGAUCUAGAGGUCAGCUUCACUGAGUAUCAAGAGUUCUCCAAGCAGCUCGAGGAGGAAAUGGAAGGUGAGCUCAAAGCCUGCGAGAAGAAAUAUGCCGAAGUACAAUCACAACAUGCACGACUGAAGAAUGAUCAUGAGAAUACACAGGACAAGCUGAACAAGAUGUCGAAAGAGUCUACUAGUCUGAUAAACAGUCUACAGGAUGAGGUGUCAAAGUUGCAACAGGAUAGACAGACAUUGGUAUCUGAUAAACGACGAUUGGAACAAGAGAAUGAUUCACUGGAGCGUAGGGAGCGUGUGGCCACUGCAUCCGUACACGACCUAACCUACAAACUAGACAGAGUGAUGGAGGAGAAUGUCUGGAUGCAGAUGGAGCUGGAAGAGUCAAAACAAGCAGCCGAUGAAACAAUACAGAGACUUAGAGAGGAUAUAAGAGACCUGAGACAAGAACUCACAGUCCGCGAGAGAAAGAAUAUCAUUAAGCCAAUGUCAACAGAGAAAUCAAAGCGAGAGAAUCCAAUGUCGUUCCACAUACCUCGGCCCAACAAGUCUCAGAGGCAAAAGGCCGAGGAUACACCUUCAACAGGCGCAUCAAGUUCACUCUCUGUGGUAUCAGAGCUCAUCAAUCUUGUCACUGACUUGGAGAAUAGGAUCAUCAACUUUAGAACAAAGCCAACUACAUCGGAAUCAAACUCACCGCAAGGAUCACCGCAGGCAUCGCCCUCGUUGCGUGCCUCCACUUCAAUGCUCAAUUUCAACGCUAACUAUCCAAUACCAUUUCCCUCACUGUCCGAGCAACUGAGUCAGGGCAGAACACCAGGUACAUCAUCAACAGCAACUAUCAUUACUACAUCACAAUCGACACCAACAUCACCACCCUUCAGCACACCAUUAACAAACAACAAGAUAACGAAUGGACUGUCGCCCUCAACCCUUAACCUAAUCAAUGGUUUGGAGUCGACAAGUGUAUCAGAACACAGAACAAAGACAGACAAGGACAGCGCCGAGCAUCCUGCAAACGUCAGUGUAGUAAUGGAAGACAGCAACGAUAACAACAGCAGUAGUAAUAGCACAGGCAAUGGCAAUGGUAAUGGUAAUGGUAAUGGCAGUCAUCCAAUCAGUAGUUGA